AUGCAGUUUGAUUGUUCUGCCACAGAUGGUACCAGUACGCUGGUUCUUCUCCAGGCUGCUUUGGCCAAUGCGCUUGUCAACGCGUUCUUGUCCAAUCCAUAUUUUCUUGUUGAAGAUGGUGUUGCUUUGCAAAAGAUUGAGAGCCAGCUCGUCGAAGAAUCUUCCAUCGAAACCGCAACAAACUGGAGAGCCAGUACUGUUCGAAGCUUGGAGAAAUCUUUUUCGCUGGAGCCCAAGUUCAUUGAAGCGCGCGCUGAGCAAUUUGUUAAGACGUUCGGUUUCCUGCUGCAAGAGCUGGAUCGCUCGGCGCUUGCUGACCUACUGGCGCUGUUCACAAGCUUUUCAGAGAUUGCUUUGAAAUUAUGGCAAACACCCACACAAAUCAACAUUGUGGGCAUGAGGGAUAUCUAUGACUGGGGGUUUUCAACGAGCUGCCCUUACGUCGAAUGCGAGGCCGUGGUGGCAUCCGCACUCGGGUGCGCAACUCGAGGGCCGUCCUGUUGGCGUGCUGAUGCGACCGUGCAUCAUGUCUUGCGCCAUUCCGCAGCCCGGGAAGGAACUUCCUCCCGUGAUUUGGUCGAAAGCCCUGGUUUGGGUGUCUAG